UUGUUUUCUCUUUUUUCGUUCGUCAACUUGAGCAUAGCUGGCUAUGUUCUUCAAGAUGACUACAACUCUGCAGCAUUCUUCGACAUGUUCGACUUCUUCACAUAUUCAGAUCCCACUCACGGCUUUGUUCAGUAUAUUGACCAAGGCACAGCGUGGAACACUGGUCUGAUCAGUAACUCGAACGACAAAGUCUACAUCGGAGUCGACCAUACCAACGUCCAGCCCAAUGGCCGUCCAAGUAUCCGCUUGACUAGCAAGAACGCUUACAACUCCGGCACUCUCGUUAUCCUCGAUUUGGAGCAUAUGCCCGGAAACGCCUGUGGUGCAUGGCCUGCCUUCUGGAUGGUUGGACCCAACUGGCCCAAUGGUGGUGAAAUUGAUAUCAUUGAAGGUGUGAACACACAGAACCACAAUGCCAUGACAUUGCACACCGCAGACGGAUGUUCCAUCUACGACAACGGCAAUUUCACAGGCAGCCUCUGGUCCGACGACUGUUAUGUCAACGCACCCGGCCAGACCGACAACGAAGGUUGCCAGAUCACCACCAGCAACUACAACACUUACGGCGAUGGUUUCAACAAUGUGGGAGGUGGUGUCUACGCCAUGGAAUGGACUGAUGAAGCAAUUAGCAUCUGGUUCUUCCAGCGUGGUUCCAUCCCUGCAAACGUCCAAAAUGGCAAUCCCUCUCCGGACGCCACAUGGGGAAAACCACUCUCGCAAUUCACGGGCUGCUGUGACAUCCCCGAAUUUUUCUCAGACCAACAGAUUGUCUUCGAUGUGACAUUUUGUGGUGACUGGGCUGGAAGCGUCUGGAGCAGUGACUCUACAUGUUCUGCUCUGAGCGGCUCCUGCACCGACUACGUCGCCAACAACCCUCAGGCAUUCGGGAAUGCCUACUGGUCCAUCAACUCUCUACAAGUCUUCGAGCAGACUGCAAAAUCUUCU